AGCGUGUAAGCUUUCACGCACAUUCUUAUUAUUUCGACUACACGGCGUCAGGUCAGAACAUUUCGUGCACGGCUGGCACUGAACGGCUCACACAUUGUUCCGCGCUGAGUAAACAGACUCAAACGCUGGUGGUUUUUUUUUUUUUUCGCUAGGGGAGGUCGCCUCUCCCACACGAAGGCCUGAACAAACACUUUUUCCACCAUUUUACAGUUUCCCCGGACGGGAGGAGAGUCCCCGUUGGCCAGGCAGGUUAAUUCAGGUGUGUCCUGGCUUAACCAUUAAACUUGAAUGCAGGGGUGACCAAACAUUCACUUGGGAGAAAAAUGUCGGGAAAGGUCAUUUUUUUGCUUUCUGUGGCGCUUUCGUCGGCUCAGCAGCUCUGCACACCAGGCGCUUCGGAUGGCUACAAAGUUCGACUGAGCAUCCAAACAGCUCUGGGAGAUAACGCGUACGCCUGGAGCCAAAACGAAUUGUUCCUCUUUCGAGCCACGCUGGCUUUCGCCAUGAGGAAUCAUUUUGACGGCCAGGAUUUCCAAGUGGCCAAUAUCAUCGUUUGUGACGAGACGCAGCGAGUGUCCUUUUGGUUCGUGGUCACGUGGCCGGACGACGCCGCCCGCUUGGUAGAUGGAAGCGAGGUGGAACUGGCAAUCAGGAAGUCUCGGAAGCGCAUCAACAGCGCCUUCCUGCUGAACGACCGGACUCUGGAGUUUGUGGGCAUCGUGCCCACUCUGGCGGCUCCCCAGCUGCCCGCCACGCCACCGUGGCUCAUCGCCUUCGGAGUAGUUAUGGGUGCCGUGGGGGCAGGAUUCGUCAUCCUCGUCGUCUCCGCGGCGGUGCAGAAGAGGCGAAAGAAGAAGGAAAACGUGGUGGACGUCGCAGAGGACGAGGGUAGCGAUGUCGAGGCGCCGCCGCCCAAACCGCUGAAAAACGGCAGCGUGCGACAGGAUCCAAACGGCAUCUCCAACGUCGCCUUCUGCGACGACGAGAGAGUCACACAAAUGUAAUUUCGGGACGAAAAUAUCGACAUGAUGCCAUAUACAAUAAACAGUGAUCCCUCGCUCUUAAAUAAAUAUUGGAUAUCUUAUCUUAUCUUACUUUCCACGGCUUUGCUGUUUUACAGAUUUUUUUUUUUGGUGCAGUUUUUUAAAUGCUUUUAAACAGUGAAUUGCGUUCUGCAUCCUGAUUGGCUAAGGCACUGACAGACGUGAACAGUCUAACCUGACUAUUAAAAAUAUUAUUUUACAGUAUAGUAUUUCUAAAAACUAUCUUAGUUAUUUGUUGAAAACGUUUGUUUUUUGUGGUUGGGCCUGAAAACAGGUUUUGGUCUUUGCUUUCAUUGUAUACGUAGUUCAGUAUUGUAUAAUAACUGUAAAAAAAAAUACAGCUCUCUACUUCACGGAUUUCACCUAUCACUGAUUCUUUUUGGAACGUCACCCCCGCGAUAAACGAGGGAUUACUGUAUACAUAUCCACCUUCACGUUUGUUCAACUUUUCUUUUUUUUUUUUAAAUCAUUGUGAAAGUCUAAAUUAAUCUGAAUGCUUUUCGAUACAUUUGCUGAUACAUGUACGACAAUAAAUCUACAUUUGACGAAGAUU